GGGUUACCUCACCCACAUUGCUAUUCUUAAGUUAUUGUUGUGUGAUGAUGCUGCUGGCCCUAGGAUCUCAGUUAUUCCUAUAGUAGGGAUGGGUGGCAUUGGCAAAACUACUCUUGCUCAGAACGUAUUUUACGAUACCACUGUCCAACAACACUUUGCCUUGAAAGCAUGGGUAACUGUAUCCGACGAUUUUGAUGUUCUUAAAAUAACAAAGAUUAUCUUGGAGAAGAUCACUGGAAAAGAAAAUAAAGCAAAUGAGCUACAUCAACUUCAAAAAGACUUGAAGAAUGCUUUGGCAGGGAAGAAAUUUCUUUUUGUUCACGAUGAUGUGUGGAACGAAAAAUACGAGUUGUGGGAUCUUUUGAAAAGCUCUUUUCAAUUUGGUGCACAAGGAAGCAAGAUUAUUGUCACCACACAUAAUGAGGAUGUCGCACUGAAGAUGAAGACGAGAGAUGUUCAAACAUAUAAGCUUCAAAAGAUAUCAGAUGAUGAAGGUUGGAAGUUAUUUGCAGAUCAUGCCUUUGAUAAUGUAGGCUCUAAUGAGGUGGUAUUGUCUGAGUUGCAAGAAAUUGGAAGACAAAUUGUUAAGAAGUGCAAGGGCCUUCCUUUAGCUGUAAAAUCGAUGGCUGGUCUUUUACGAUCUAUGUCAACUGGUGACGAGUGGAGGCAUGUACUGCAAAGUGACGUGUGGGAGUUACCAAACUGUCGCGACAUCGGAAUUGUUCCAGCAUUGUGGUUGAGCUACCGAUUUCUGCCUCCUUAUUUAAAGCCAUGUUUUUCUUAUCUUUCGAUAUUUCCCAAAGAUUACGAAUUUGGUGAUGUUGAUAGAGAAAAAAUAAUCUUAAUAUGGAUGGCAGAAGGUCUUUUGAAUUCUCAACAUGGAAAAAGAAUUGAAGAUGUUGGAGAAGAGUACUUGAAUGCUUUAAUAGCAAGAUCAUUUUUUCAAAGAAACACAAGGAAUCGUUCUCUUUCUAUGCACGAUCUUAUGCAUGAUCUAGCUAUGUAUGUAUUAGGUCAGUGUUGUUUUAUUUAUGAUAGUUGUAAAGACUUGCACAAAUUUAGUAGCAAGACUCGCCAUCUAUCAUACAUGAAAGACUUAAGAGAUACAAUAGAAUUUGGCAACUUAUCCAGAGUAAAGUCUUUCCGUAGCCUAUUGGCUUUGCCAUUUCAAUUGUCACAUCAUUCACUUUAUACAAGAUUAGAGCAUGAAAUUGUGCUAAUGGAUGGAGGAUGUUUAAGAGCACUUUCUUUGUCAGAAUCUUGUAUUAGAGAGAUGCCUGAUUCAAUUGGAAAUUUAAAGCAUCUAAGGUAUUUGGAUGUAUCUUGCACGAAAGUUGAGGUGUUACCUGUUUCAAUUUGUGUGUUGUACAAUUUGGAAACACUAAUAUUGUCACAUUGUGGAAGCCUCACACAUUUUCCUACCAAUAUUUCUAAGCUAAUCAGCCUGCGUCAUCUUAUGAUAAGAGAAACACAUUUAAAAGAGAUGCCACCCAGGAUUUGCAGUAUGACGAAUCUUCAGACAUUAAGUGAUUUUGUUUUGUGUGAAAAUGAUGGGUCCAGGGUCAAAGAGUUGGGUAAGUUGGAGAAUUUGCAUAGAAGCUUGCGUAUUUCAGGCCUUGGAUAUGUGAAGGAAGUGAGUGAUGUUUUGGAAGGCAACUUGAAGAACAAAAGGAAUCUCACUGAGCUUAUUUUAACAUGGAAUUUUGGUGAAGUAGAUGAUUCAAGAAAGGAAAGAGAAGUACUUAAUGCGCUCCAACCACAAGAAAAUUUGAAGAAACUCGAAAUACACAAUUAUAAGGGCACAGACUUACCAGAUUGGGUAACACAUACAUCCUACUCUAAUUUGGAAAAACUUCAUCUAGACUGUAAAAAUUGUUGCUUGUCGUUGUUAUCAUUUCGUCUACUAAGUUCAUUGAGACAUCUUCAUAUUUCAUGUCUUGAUAUGCAUGAUGAAUUUUGUGGUAUUUCUUUGAACAAGCCAUUUCCACUGUUAUAAGUACUAGACCUUGAAGGAAUAACUACAUUGGAUUGGCCGUUUACCAAUACGGAUCAUGGCCAAAAGCGUGAGAUUUUUCCUUGUUUGAAGAAAUUUUAUUUAACCAGGUGUGGGAAGAUAAAUGUGGCAUUACCUAUCGGUAAUUUUCCAUCUUUGGAAUAUGUCGGCAUUUGGAAAUGUGGUGAUUUGGUGACUAUAUUUCCAUCGAGUACUCAUAUUGACGUUGCAUAUCCCUCCCUUGAAUCGUUGCACAUCGCUGGUUGUUCAAGGUUGGAGUCAUUUUCGGAAAUGGGAUUACCCUAUACUUUAAAACAUCUAGAAAUUAAGUCAUGUGAUAUGCUCAUAAAAAAUCGCAUGAAAUGGAAUUUACAAAGACUCACAUCGUUGACGGAGUUAAAUCUUUGGGGAUAUGGAGGAGUAGAUUCAUUUCCAGAAGAAUGGUUGCUCCCAUCUUCUUUAACUCAUCUUCGGAUCCGUGGAUUUGGUAAGCUUACAGCUCUAAACGGCAAAGGUUUUCACCACCUCACCUCACUUCGACGAUUGGAACUUCAUCUCUUGGAAAAGCUAGAGUGUUUGCCAGCAGAAGGACUGCCCCAGACUCUUACUGCUUUGACAAUAUCAGGUUGUCCUCUGUUAGAGCCCAGGUGCAAGGAAGGAGCAGGGUAAGAUUGGCCCAAGAUUCAACACAUACCUAACAUAUGAAAUAUAUGAAAGGCCUAGGUUUAUAUUUGCAAUUUAUAACAAUUUGAUAGACUGGAUUGGUCGUUUACCAAUACAGAUGGCCAAAAGUGAGAUUUUUCCUUGUUUGAAGCAAUUUUCUUUAAGAAGUUGUGGGAAGAUAAAUGUGGCAUUACCUAUCGGUAAUUUUCCAUCUUUGGAAUAUUUCCAUCAAGUACUCAUAUUGACGUUGCAUAUCCCUCUCUUGAAUGGUUGAACAUAGAUGGUUGUUCAAGGGUUGAGUAAUUUUCGGAAAUGGGAUUAGCCUUUUCUUUAAAAAGUCUACGUAUCAUAUCAUGUAAUAUGCUCAUGGAAAAUCGCAUGAAAUGGAAUUUACAAAGACUCCCAUCGUUGAUUGAGUUAUAUCUUAAGAAUUAUGGAGGAGCGGUGGAUUCAUUUCCAGAAGAAUGGUUGCUCCCACCUUCUUUAACUCAUCUUUGGAUCCAUGGAUUUGAUAAGCUUACAGCUCUAAACGGCAAAGGUUUUCACCACCUCACCUCACUUCGACGAUUGGAACUUUAUUCCUUGAAAAAGCUAGAGUGCUUGCCAGCAGAAGGACUGCCCCAGACUCUUACCGUUUUGAGUAUAUUUGGUUGUCCUCUGUUAAAGCCCAAGUUCAACGAAGGAACAGGGGAAGAUUGGCCCAAGAUUCAACACAUACCUAACUUAAACACAGAUCACUGGCCUAUCUACAAUACAUGAGGUGAGGAGCUGUCGCUGUGUUUUUCAACUUCUUUAUCUUUUGAUGAUGUUGGUGUCACCCUUCAAUCUUCUUUGGCCCAAUUUGGUGGGGUUUAGAUGCUAAUGAUCAUUGCCCUUUGGCCAAGUGUCCCAUUGCAUCUGGGGUUGCCAUAGAACACUAUCUUGUUUUCUGAUACAUUUGGUCUUUACUCAAAACUGUUAUUUUAGCUGGAAGUUUGUUGACAAGACGACAUGUUGAUUUUGUUUCUGUUUGGCCAAUCAUCUUUUCAACUUGAAGUCUCUCAUUGGUCAUAAGGGUCUAUAAAUAUUCUAAGGCUGAUGUUUAGAGUAACUUGAUGUGGAUGUUUGAAUCAUCUGUGUUUGUAUUUACUGUGUUAAAAGACAAAUCUUCUUGUAUUUCAAGUGUAAUAGUUGUGUACUAUUUGCUGUUUUUGUA